AGCGUUCUUUUCCAACCAUGAAAGUCUAGCCAUCUGCCAGUCGGCUCUCCGGCGGCGAGGACGAGGGGGAAAUAAGAGCACGACAGGGAAAAGAAUAGGAGAGUGACUAUUCGAUACCAAACCUGGACACAUGUUGAGUCAACGGACCGUGCCUCCUUCCUCUGGGACUCUCUGAGAGGAUUCGCAGUCUCUCUUCCCCUGCUUUUAAGUCCUGACCAGCGAACCGAUCCGCAUUCGUCUUCAAAGCACCGUUUGAACUAUGGACGCGAAUAAAAUGGCAGUGAGCAUCAACAAGGCCAUAAACACACAGGAGAUUGCUGUCAAAGAGAAACAUGCCAGGACUUGCAUAUUGGGAACGCAUCAUGAGAAGGGGGCUCACACCUUCUGGCUUGCUGUCAACCGCCUGCCCCUCUCCAGCAAUGCAGUACUCUGCUGGAAAUUUUGCCAUGUCUUCCACAAACUGCUGAGGGACGGCCAUCCAAAUGUCAUUAAAGACUCCAUGCGGCACAAAUCUGACUUAAACGACAUGAGCAGGAUGUGGGGUCAUUUGAGUGAAGGCUACGGGAAGUUGUGCAGCAUCUACCUCAAACUGCUCAUCACCAAAAUGGAGUUUCACAUCAAAAACCCUCGUUUCCCUGGCAACCUACAGAUGUCAAACAGGCAGCUUGAUGAGGCGGGCGAGAACGACGUCAAUAAUUUCUUCCAGCUGACGGUGGAGAUGUUUGAUUACCUGGAGUGUGAGCUGAAUCUUUUCCUGGGUGUGUUCAGCUCAUUGGAUAUGUCUCGUUCGGUGUCGGUGACGGCAGCAGGUCAGUGUCGUCUGGCUCCUAUGAUUCAGGUCAUCCUGGACUGCAGUCAUCUGUACGACUAUACCGUCAAACUGCUCUUCAAACUCCACUCCUGUCUGCCAGCAGAUACUCUGCAGGGCCACAGGGAUCGCUUCCAGGAGCAGUUUAAGAAAGUGAAGAGUCUGUUCUAUCGCUCAAGUAACCUGCAGUAUUUCAAGAGACUGAUUCAGAUCCCACAGCUUCCUGACAAUCCUCCAAACUUCCUGCGGGCAUCCGCUCUGUCCGAGCACAUCAGUCCAGUAGUGGUGAUUCCAGUGGAGUCAUCGUCUCCUGAGAGUGAACAUGUGGUAGAGACAGAAGAUCUGGUGGACACUGACAUCCCACCUUUACCGAGCACUGUGGAAAGUAAAUUCGAUGACCUAUUUGGCACCUCUGCUGCUACAGACCCAUUCAACUUCAACAGUCAGAACGGCAUGCGCAAAGAUGAGAAAGACCGCUUGAUUGAGCAGCUCACAGCAGAGCUACAGGCCCUGAAAAAGGAGCUGGAGUCCUUCAGACUGGAGAGUGGGCGCCUUUGUCAAGCACUACGGGGGCGUGUGAACGAGCUGGAGGCAGAGCUAGCAGAGCAGACUCACCUAAAGCAGCAGGCACUGGGAGAGAGUGAGUUCCUGCGUGCAGAGCUGGACGACCUGCGCAGGGUCAAAGAGGACACAGAAAAAGAGCAGCGCAGCUUGAGCGACAUCGAGAGAAAAGCCCUGGCAAAUGAACAACGCUACACAAAACUAAAGGAGAAAUACACAGAACUGGUCCAGAGCCACGCUGACCUGCUGAGGAAGAAUGCGGAGGUGACACGGCAGAUGACAGUGGCCCGUGCCGCUCAGGAUGAGGUGGAGACCGUGAAGAAAGAGAUGCUGGACAGAUUGAAAGCUGCUCAGGAAUCCACAUGUCAGCAGGAGAUGGUACAGUUAGAGCAGCUUCAAGCUCUUCAAGCCGAGCUCAUGUCCAGCAGAACAGAACUAGAGACCCUGAAGAAUACAGUCACCUCCUCCCAACAGUCAAAUGAGCAGCUCAGUACUCAGCUUUCUGCUCUAGAGGCUGAGAAGGCAGGGCUUAUGGAUACUGUAUCUCAGAAGGAGGUGGAGCUUGCAGGUUUGGGGGUGGAGUUACAGCGUGUGCAGAGCAGUCUGACCAUUGAGAGGGAGAGCGGUGUGAAAGCUGCUGAAGCCCUGCAGAAUCAACUCAAUGAGAAGGAGAGCCGUGAGCAGGCACUGGAGAGUGAGCUGGUCUCUCUGCGCUGGGCGGCUCUAUGUGGAGCUCUGGAGGAGGCAGAGAGGAUCGUACAGGACAGUCUGUGUCAGCUGGAGGACCCCGCACACAUCAGCUGUACCAGCUCCGCCGAUUACCUGGUGUCCAGGUGCCAGGUGGCCCUUGAUUGUGUGGAGAGGUUGCAGUCGGCCAGAGACAGUUUUGUAUCAGAUGACACAGAUGUGUCUGGGCUGGUGCGGGCAGUGACUCAAUUUGCCCACCUGGUGGGCGAUGUCAUUGUGCAGGGCAGCGCCACCUCCCACAUGGUGCCAGUGGAACAAGCUGAUGCGUUGGCAGACAACAUUAAGGAGUGUGGCGCAGAGGCCCUGGCAUUGCUCUGUUUGCUCAAAGAGCAGAAGUCUAUGGGGAAGGCAGACUGCAGCUGCCUGAGGGCUGCACUGGAUACAGUAAUGGCCUUGGGGGAGAAGUUGCGUCCACGGGGUCUGGAGCUGCAGCAAGGGGAGCUGGGAGAUCUGGUGGAACAGGAGAUGGCGGCCACAUCAGCAGCUGUGGAGUCGGCUGCGGCCAGGAUUGAGGAAAUGCUCAAUAAGUCCAGGGAGGUUGAUACUGGAAUCAAAAUGGAAGUCAAUGAAAGGAUCUUGGCGUCCUGCACAGAUCUCAUGCAGGCCAUCAGAGUGCUGGUGCUGUCCUCCAAAGACCUGCAGAGGGAUAUAGUGGAGAGCGGCAGGGGGGCAGCAUCUAUGAAAGAGUUCUAUGCCAAGAACUCUCGAUGGACCGAAGGUCUCAUUUCUGCCUCCAAGGCUGUGGGCUGGGGUGCCACAAUGUUGGUUGAUGCAGCUGAUCAGGUGGUGCAGGGCAAGGGCAAGUUCGAGGAGCUGAUGGUUUGUUCGCAUGAGAUCGCCGCCAGCACAGCCCAGCUAGUAGCAGCAUCUAAGGUGAAAGCAGACAAGGACAGUGCAAACCUUACCCGUCUGCGGCAGGCCUCCAAAGGGGUCACCCAGGCAACCGCAGGUGUCGUGGCAUCAACCAAGUCCGGCAAGUCUCAGAUUGAGGACACGGAUACUAUGGACUUUUCUGCUACAACACUCACUAAGAUUAAGAGACAAGAGAUGGAUGCACAGGUUCUGGUCUUGGAGCUGGAGACCCGGCUGCAGAAAGAGAGGGAGCGACUUGGUGAAUUGAGGAAGAAGCAUUAUGAGCUUGCUGGUGUGGCAGAGGGCUGGGGAGGAGAAGAGGAAUGAACGGGUUGAGACUUGUUCUCUCUGUGCAUCAGACUUACAGACAGGGCUCUUAACAUCUUUAUAUACACUCAAUAUCUUUCCACUCUCCCUUUUUAUUGGACUUUUAACUCUCUUUUUUUCUUGUAUUAUACAUUAAAGCCAAAUAAAAGGUGCUUUUUUUCUAACCUGCUCCCUCCUUUGCCGUGUAAUGAGGAGAUAAAGAGUGUGAUGACAUUGUGUGAUGAAGGGAGAGGAAGGAGAUGGAAUGUGGAAUGUGUGGCACGCCACCUUGUGGACAGAGAGGAAGUCUUUCUGUACUUGCUGAACUGUCUUGUGUAUUUUAUUUCCUCUUCUUCCUUAUACGGAACAGCUGUGUGUAGAGAAUCUACCCCUCCUUCCCCCCUUCAACCAUUUAGAACAAUCCCGUCGCCGCCUAAGACCACACAUCCCAUAAUUAAUUGCACAGGGGUGAGUCACCCCAUUUGCAGGAGAUGUUGACACUAUGCUGUGACCCUUCCGGAAUCAACUUUACAAACAGCAGCAAUGUGUGACUUCCACCUCUCGAAUCCAUACCUUUGCAUUAGUCCGACCUCCAGUGAGAGGGGGGCUGCCGUCACAUAGACAAACCCUAACCAGAGCCCUCUCGCCGGGGCAAAGCCUUCCCUAGUCUCCCCUAGAAGAGGGUCUUUGGACUAUGGACUAAAAGGGACAGUGUUGGACAUUAUAGAUGAUGACCCACUGUGGAAAACACUAGCAAACCUUUGAGAGCUCAACAGAACUCUGUAUGACUCACUUUGUCCGUAUGUAUUUGUAUUUUUGAUGUAUUUGUAUAUUUUCAGUUUUCCUUGGAUUAUGUUCCCGAAGCAUUAAUAAGGAAACCCUAGUAGAUCUAAUCCACAGGCUUUUUACUGUUCGAACAUGUUCAUUUGGGGGAAAGACAUGAGUCAAACUCCUCAAUAUAUUGUUUUAUGUAUAAUCUUUAGGUUAAAUUGUAUCCUGAUGCAUUUCACCAACUUCAAGUCCAUGACUGAAAAUGAUCUGACUGUUUUGUGACGUCACGUCCGCCUAGAGAUCGUUGUUUUUUCAAUAGCUCUCUGUUUAGGUCAUAGUUUCUUCAGCACAUUUAGAUAAGGCACCACAUUGAAAAUGUAUCAGUAUGACUGUCUUUGGUAGUCCAGAAAAGCAAUAUUUGGUUUUCCAGGAGCAGUUUCCUGGUCCUACAUGGUUUACACUAGAGAAAAGGCAAUUUAAGGGGUAGUUCAGGCAAAAAUGACAAUUCUGUCUUUAUUUACUCACCCUCAUAUUGUUCCAAAUCUGUGACUUGUUUUUUUUCCAUCAAUAACAAAAGGAGCUGCUAGGUAGAAUAUUAGGGACUUACAGACUCAGUCACCAAAAAACAUGUCAAUAUUCUUCUAAAUUUCUCAUGUUCAAUGAAGAAAGUUUUACAGGUUUGGAACAACAUGAGGGUGAGUAAAUAAUCUCACAAUUAAAAUUUUAGGGUUAAUUAACCAUUUAAUAACUACCAGUCUCUGUUCAUUCCUGUCGUCUUCUUCCGGCUCCACAUACACACACCACGAGGCUAGGAAAGACGUCUGUGCCUUCCAAAGGGAAAAAGGGUCAAGGAUCACAUUCCCUCAAAAGACCUUUUAAGUCUUGAUCUUUGAGUAGCAUUAGUUACAAUGAUUUUUUAAGUUGUAGUUUGGUAUUGCAUAUUGAUACUGAGAUCAUAAUGAAUUCACUAGAGAACUGUGUGGUGUGUGAACAGAGGAAGCCAUCCCUGUGCCAGCUUCUUUUGUCAGCUCUGGUGGUUUGUUUGUUUUUGUGAGCUUCCAGCACGCUAUUUUCCAACUUUGUGGAUCCUUGAAAGAGUGAGUCUUUCAAAGAAAUGUCUGGGACAUGAUUUACUCUAAAAAUGUCUUGCUUAAAGAACAAAGACUAUUUUUAGGACCAUUAUGAUUUGUUAUGUGCCAUUAUUUUCCUUAUAUUUUCCCCUCAAAUUCUCAUUACUAUAAUGCAAACCAAAAUCUCACACCUUAAUUAAAUAAAAAUGUCAUGAAAAUCAUCCUGUUUGAACAAAAUGUUUUUAUUAUUUUUAUUAUUAUUUGUUGUUGCUGGUUUUUGGUUUAUUUGUUUUUGUUUAAAUAAUAUUUUUUACACAUUACAGUAGAAUCCAACAGUUGAGGAUAAGGGAAUGCUCAUGACAAUAAUGUCACAAUAAGUAAAUCUUUAUGGUUCCAAAAUAGGCUUCAUUUUCAUCAAUCAAUGUAGUUUUUUUUUACUAUUUUUAUUUUUAGGGUUAAAUGUAACCAUAACAUUUCUUGACUGUUUUUGUGGGAUUCAUUAUGUGUGAACAGUUCAAGAGAGGUCUGACCAGAGUUUGAGCCUCUGUUAUAGCAAUGUAGACCACAUAGCCUUGUAGACCACAACUGUCUGCCAACAGCACAGCUCUCCCCAGGGCUCGUCUAAACCUGAGCUCAGGCACAGGGACUUACAGUCUUGUAGUCAUCUACAAACAAUGAUAACCUCAACUUCUCCAUAAAUCAGAACUUACCAGUCAGUACUUAGACCAUUUUUAGAGGUUUUUAAUAGGACCAUUUUUUUUAAGGUUUGUUUAUGGUCCUAUUAAAUCAAUAUCAACAUGAGUUGGGUAAACCGUGAGAGUGUGUGUAUUUUAAUACUAAUAUAAUGUCUGUAUUUGCAGUUAUCUGUGUGUAUUUGUGUUUCUGAGUGGAUGCUGUGUGACUGAGAUAUGAUAUAUACUGUAAAGUCUCUAUGUUGUUGUCUUAAUACCCUCAUAUUGUUUCACUUGUUGCACUGCUUUGGCCGUUAUGUUAAAGGGAUAGUUCACCUAAACAUGAAAAUUCUCAUGUUGUUACAAACCCAUAUACUUUCUUUGCUCUGUAGAACACAAAAGGGAAAUCUUAGUGAGAAUGUUUAAUGUCAGUCAACAAUCACUUUCAUUGCAUUGUUUUCAUACAAUGAAAGUGAAUGGUCACUGAUGCUUUGGAACAACGUGAGUGUGAGUAAAUGAUGACAGAAUUACAAUUUUGGGUGAACUGUCUCUAAGUUCCGACACUGGGUAUUUAAUUUCCGUUUGUUUGGAGUGUCAUCACAUCUGGUUUUGAUUGUUUUACUGGUUAGAUUUGGUUGUCUAUUCUUAACAGCUCAGAACUGCCUCUCACUUUUGCUCAGUAACAUUUUGGAAGAUAACUUUAUAUGAUGUAUACUUAAACUAUGUGUGAAAAAUGUUUUCUUUCUUUUUUUUUUCUUCAGUUUUUAAAUAAAUAUUUCACUCA